AUGAAGAGCCUCUUCAUCUUCUCCCUCUUCAUCUUCUUCCUCUCCGUUAGGGCGACCCCCAUCUGGCCCCAUGACACCCAGCGAAAGCCUUACAUUGUAUACAUGGGAGAAUUGCCGGAUGAUCCAACGAUAUCUGCCGUGGAUGAACACCAUAAUUUACUUACUGAGACCCUUGGAGAUGAAGAACUGGCUAGACAGUAUAGGAUCCAUAGCUACAGGAAAAGCUUUAGUGGGUUCGUGGCAAGAUUGUUGCCCCACGAAGCAAGCAGAUUAUCUGAAAAGGAUAAGGUUGUCUCAGUGUUUCCCAACACUGAAAUGAAGCUCCUGACGACAAGAUCAUGGGAUUUCUUAGGAAUGCCCACUAAGACGAAGAGAAAUCGGGAAGUUGAGAGUAAUUUGAUCGUGGGUCUUCUUGAUACAGGGGUUUGGGUUGAAUCUCCGAGUUUCAAAGAUGAUGGGUAUGGGCCGCCGCCGGCGAAAUGGAAGGGGAAAUGCCAGGAAGGGCUUAACUUCACUGGAUGCAACCGGAAGGUGAUCGGAGCUCAGUAUUUCAACGUGGAAGGCUUUGCUCCGGUGGAGCAAGAGAGUCCGGUGGACUUCGACGGCCACGGCACUCACAUAGCCUCCAUCGCCGCCGGCCGGAUGGUGGAGGGCGCCAGCCUCUACGGCAUAGCCGAAGGCACGGCGCGUGGCGGCGUCCCGUCGGCGCGUAUCGCCAGCUACAAGGUAUGUUGGGGCCAAGGGUGCCAAGACAUGGACGUGUUGGCCGGGUUCGACGCCGCCAUCGCCGACGGCGUCGACGUCAUCUCCCUCUCCGUCGGCGGCCACCCCCGGUCGUUCUUCCAGGACCCCAUCGCCAUCGGUGGCUACCACGCCAUGAAGAAAGGGAUUGUCACCACCGCCGCCGCCGGCAACGAAGGGCCUUACUUUGGGACCAUCCAAAACGGGUCGCCGUGGCUCAUGACGGUGGCCGCCACCAGCAUUGACCGGAGAUUCGAGUCUGAUGUUAAGCUUGGAAACGGAGAAACGCUUUCUGGAUUUUCUAUCAACACUUUUGAGCUGGGAAAAAUGUAUCCAUUGAUCAGUGGAACUCUCGCACAAGACAAGAACGCAACAUACCCAGGAAAUUACAGUGCCUGUGAUUAUUUGAGUAUAAGCGAGAAACUGGUGAAAGGGAAGAUAGUAUACUGUCUUAGCAGUGCUUCUCAAGACUACACCAUCAAAUGGAUUCAUGGAGUGGGAGUGAUUACAUCAGACAAACUUCCAGACACUGUUCUUCCCACUAUGAUACCUGCAACCAUUGUUGAUAUUGAAGAUGGUAAAAAGAUUGAUAAGUAUAUCAACUCCACCAAGGCUCCCACUGCUGAAAUAUUUAGAUCAAGAGCAGUGAAGGCCACUGCACCAUCUGUGGCCAGCUUCUCAUCCAGGGGACCCCAAACCAUCAGCCCCAACAUCCUCAAGCCUGAUCUCGCGGCACCAGGAUUGGGCAUUCUCGCUGCAUAUACACAGCUAACAACCAUGACAGGACAGAUAGACGACACUCGGGUUGUUAAAUACAAUGUCGAAUCAGGCACAUCCAUGGCUACUCCUCAUGCUGCUGGGGCUGCAGCUUAUGUGAAAACCUUCCACCCUGACUGGUCCCCUGCUGCAAUCAAAUCUGCUCUGAUGACCACUGCGAAAGCCAUGAAAAUUAAGCCAAUUGGUGCAUAUCUAGCCUCAGGGGCAGGCCUAAUUAGGCCAACAAAGGCAGUAGCUCCAGGCCUGAUUUUCGACAUUGACACGAAUGGCUACAAAAGUUACCUCUGCAAAGAAUGGAACAAUGCAACUCUAGGGUCACUAACAGGGAGCGAAGACGACAAAUGCUCGAAAAUCCCAGCAGCACAGGGAGCAGAUGGGCUUAACUAUCCAUCAAUGCAUCUGCAGCUCACGAACCCGAACUCCACAACCUUCUCAGCUGUGUUUUAUCGCAAUGUAACGUACGUUGGGGCUGGCUCAACCGUGUUCAAGGCUAACGUCAAGGCCGCCCAAGCGCUUACAGUCAGCGUGACUCCCAACAUCCUGUCGUUCCCGGCCACAAACCAGACGAGGUCAUACAAGGUUGUUGUGAGUGGGAGAUUCGAAAAGGCGAUGUCGUGGUUCCUGGCGGGGUCCCUGAUAUGGAAGGACAACACACAUAGUGUUAGGUGCCCCAUUCUUAUCUACAGGCAAUUGCAAGUAGAUGACUGA